UUCAGAAGUCGUACUUUUAAGAAAACAAAUCAACCAUCAGGAAACUCAUGAAGACACGAGUGAGCUGGCAUGAGCUGGCAAACCUGCUACAGCUACAGGAUUAGCUGACUGAAAGCAACAGUUACAGUGCAAUUACUGGCAAUAAAUGAGAAGAACUGUUUGCUUGUUUGUUUGAUUUUUAUUCUAAGUGCAUCCGCAUCCUCUAGGAAGUUGUUAUGUUUUUCGCCCUGGUAUUCAGUCUGAGUGCCAAAAUGGAAGCCUCCCAGCCUCCAGCCCCUUCUUUGAUUGAUCGCUGUAGGUUGUUAGUGUAAAAUCCACUUCAACACCCAACCUCCUUCAUAAUUUUGUGCUUACAAGGCCAAGGAGAGAGGAUACCAUACUCCCAGAUCUCCACACUCUUCUGUGAUACAGUCCUCCCCACAAAGGUGUUCCGCAGCCACAAGAUCCCAUUGAAAGGAACUCACAGAAUCCCACAGGGUCUGCAGGAUCAAACCUGUACCAAAUGACCUGCCGUAGUAAGGUUAUUUUCAGAAUUAAGAAGUUAAUCUAACGCUUCUUCUCAUCAUCCAACUUAGCUUUGAUCCAUGUUCAGCUGUUUCUCUAAUUAUUUGAACACACAAAACACGUUUAGCUCACCACUGACUACUACUGUCUGUAAUAACUACUUUUUCAUAUAUUUAUAGACCUAAAGGGGAAACAACUUAUUCUGAUGUCCAGAAAUGCCCCACUUUCACAGACUUAUUUUUGUUAAGGUUGGAAAAGACCACUAAGAUCAUCCAGUCCAACCACCAGCCCAUCCCACCAUGCCCACUCACCACGUCCCGCAGUGCCACAUCUAUAUGUUUCUUGGACACCUCCAGGGAUGGUGACUCCACCACCUCCCUGAGCAGCCUGUUCCAAUGCCUCACCGCUCUUUCUGAGAAGUUUUUAUAUCUUUUAGGGUUACAGGAGAGCGAUAUAAUUCAGUCAAAAUACUGAAAACAAAAAUACUGAAGCCUCUAAGAAGAGCUUGCCCAGCAGUCCCUUACACAGCACUCGCCUUGAAAAUGUUAUUUCUUUUGGCGAAGCCUACUGCUCCCUGCCCCACCAACCCUGCAGCUGUGGCAGCCGGCCCCAAGCGCUCUCCUGGAGCUCCCUCUGCUGCUGAGCGUGCUGCAAAACGCUCAGAAAGGGCACAGCUGGCCCCAGCGCUAGCGAGAAGCGGGUUUCUGCAGUAAGGUGCUCACGCUAAGGGGCUGUUUGUUGAUUACUUGACUUCUGGUGAGAGAGCAGCCACGCACCACAUGCUGCUUCGCAGGAUUCUCAGGGGACGACUGAUUCAGACAAGCUGCACGGGCUGAAUGUCACAGAAUCACAGAAUUGUUGGUGUUGGAAUAGACCUCUGCAGAUCAUGGAAUCCAACCCCCUGCUAAAGCAGGUUCCCUACAGCAAGCCGCACAGGUAGAAGUUCAGACAUGUCUUGAAUAUCUCCACUGAAGCAGACUCCACAGCCUCUCUGGGCAGCCUGUUCCUGUGCUGCGUCACUGAUAGUAAGCUUCUUCCUCAUGUUCGUAUGGAACUUCCUAUGUUCCGGUUUGCGCCGAUUGCCCCUUGUUCUGUCACUGGGCACUACUGAGAAGAGCCUGGCCUCAUCCACUUGACUCCUGCCCAUUAGAUGUUUAUAAGCAUUGAUACGAUCCCCCCUCAGUCUUCUCUUCUCCAGGCUGCACAACCCCCGGUCUCUCAGCCUUCCUCACAUGAGAGAUGCUCCCGGUCUUGAAUCUUUGAUGCCCUCCUCAAACUCUUGUCUCUUGACUCUCUCAACCCUUGUCUUUCUCGAACUGUGGAGUCCAGUACUGGACACAGUACUCUGACGUGCCCUCACCAGGGCAGAGCAGAGGGAGAGGAUCACCUCCCUCGACCCGCAGGCCACACUCUUCGUGAUGCACUCCAGGAACUCACCGGCCUUCUGGGCACGAGGGCACGCUGCUGGCUCACGGGCAAUCUGUUGCCCACCAGGACCCUCGGCUGAGGCGACGUGCCGGACGCUUUGCGGAGGGGAGAGGCGGGCAGCGGAGCGAGGCCGUCGCCAUGGCAGCGGGCGGGCCCGGCCCGGCCCAGGUGCGGCUCCCCGGCCUUUUUAACCGCGUCCCGGCUGGGGGCAGCAGCGCUUUCCCGUUUUGUGGUUCUGCUUCGCCUCGGCGGCAGAGCAAGAAAAACCAAAAUGACGACUGUGAGGUAUGAACAAGGGUCAGAGCUCACCGAAGCUUCGAGCUCUCCAGCAGCAAAUGAGCCCACAAUAAAGAUUGAUGAUGGUCGUGAUGAGGAUAACGAACAGGACAGCUGUUCCAAUACCAUUAGGAGAAAAAUUUCCCCGUUUGUGAUGUCAUUUGGAUUCAGAGUAUUUGGGGUUGUGCUCAUCAUUGUGGACAUCGUAGUUGUGAUUGUGGAUCUGGCCAUCAGUGAGAAGAAAAGAGGUGUUAGAGAGAUUCUUGAAGGUGUUUCCCUGGCUAUAGCGCUCUUCUUCCUCGUUGAUGUUCUCAUGAGAGUGUUUGUUGAAGGCUUCAAGAAUUAUUUCCGCUCCAAAUUGAAUACUUUGGAUGCACUCAUAGUAGUGGGCACUCUGUUAAUUAAUAUGACCUACUCCUUCUCUGACCUUGCUGCUACAGAUCAGAUGCCAAGAAUGGUUACUCUCCUUCGAGUUCUGAGGAUUGUCAUCUUAAUAAGAAUAUUUCGCCUGGCUUCACAGAAGAAACAACUUGAAGUGGUAACCAGGAGAAUGGUCUCUGAGAACAAAAGGCGUUAUAUGAAAGAUGGCUUUGAUCUGGAUCUCACUUAUGUUACUGAUCGUGUUAUUGCCAUGUCUUUUCCAUCUUCUGGGAAGCAAUCUUUCUAUAGAAAUCCUAUAGAGGAAGUUGCAAGAUUUUUGGACACCAAGCAUGCAGACCACUAUAAAGUCUACAAUCUCUGCAGUGAAAAAGGCUAUGACCCUAAGUACUUCCACUACAGGGUAGAAAGGAUCUUUAUUGAUGACCACAAUGUCCCAGCAUUACAGGACAUGCUGAAAUUCACUGCCAGUGUCCAUGAAUGGAUGAAUCAAGAUGAGAAGAAUAUCAUAGCAAUUCACUGUAAAGGGGGCAAGGGUAGAACUGGAACAAUGGUCUGUACCUGGCUUAUACACAGUGACCAGUUUGAGAGUGCAAAGGAGAGUUUGGACUACUUUGGGGAGAGAAGAACUGACAGAAGUACAAGUACCAAAUUUCAAGGAGUUGAAACUCCAUCCCAGAGUAGGUAUGUUGGGUAUUAUGAGAUCCUGAAAAACAAGUAUAACUUCAAACUCCCACCAGAGAGACAACUCAAAAUAAAAAACCUCAAAAUCCACUCUAUACAUGGAGUUGGGAAAGGCAAUGGAACUGAUAUGAAGGUGCAGAUAAUAAUGAAAAAGCAAGUUGUGCUGGAAUGUGUAUGUGCCACACAAGGAAACUGCAAGCUCUUCUUUGAUUCUGAAAGUGACUCUGUAGUCAUUGGCCUGGAAGACAGCCCUGUUAUAAGUGGUGAUGUGAAAGUCAGAUUUGAAUCUAAUUCUGAUCUUCCAAAAGGCUACGAUGACUGCCCGUUUUUCUUCUGGUUCAACACUUCCUUUAUUGAAAAUAACAGACUCUACCUUCCCAGGAAUGAGCUGGAUAACCCUCACAAGUCUAAAACAUGGAAGGUCUACAGUGAGACGUUUGCUGUAGAGAUGAACUUUAUUGAGCUGUAAGGGAAAGCUGAAAGAAGGAAAAUACUUAAACUCAUCUCCUGUCCUGAUGAUGUCUUGCUGCUUCAGUAUAGUGAAGCGGUCUCACUUUGUACUUAAUGUAUUUCUAUGUAGAUACAGCUUCUCAAAUAAACUGACGUGAAGUUCUGUUGUGCAGAGCAAUA